UAGCUACCAAAUGCUCAAGGAGAUUUUUGCCCUACAAAUCAUUACGAGAUAUGUGAGAGUUGAUCGCGAACUUGUAACAGCAUCAACUUCCAGACACUGUUUUCGAACUCAAUUUAAACUUGUAUGUACGUGUAACAAGACAUCAGGUCAUGAAAAUACAGCUGAUAUGGAAGAGAAAAACCUUGUAAAGAAGCACAAGGUUUUUCUUUCUAAAAAGUAGAGCCAACGGCAUACAGACAUAUAGACUAUACAGUCAACUAUAAACUACAUACAUACGCAUAGUCAAGUUAGCAUACCCUAAUAAACAAACUAUUAUAUUAUGAAGUAAGGUUUAUUUUAUUGCUAAAAAGUAUGUAAAGAUAUUAACAAUUAUAAUAAAAGCGAGCAAAAACUUGUGGAAUCUCAUUGAAUGUACAUAAGAACUGGAGGACAUUAACGAACAACAACAAUCUUUGAUAACGGAAUCGCCAUAAUAAACUUUCAAAUCAUUCAAUAUUUUUUUUAUUGUCCUAUCUUUUAGAACUAGUUUUCUGCCUUCGUCCCCUUUGCCUGUAUGUUCGUUUGGUGAACAUUUUUCAGUCUUCGUGCCAUAAUCUUUUUCUUCAUAUUUGUUUGUAUAAAAUUCUAAAAUUUCGUGCUGGUUUUGAUUAGUGACCUUAUCAUCAUAUACGUAGUCCUCUUUAAGAUUAUCACUAUCAUCUUCAUAACUUUCAUCUUUUAGUACUUCUUUUUCAUUAUUGUAAUAUAAAUUAUCAUUUAUAUUUGGUUUGGUAGUUUUCCUAUGAUUAAACUUUCUUGGUAGUUUUAAUUCAUUCAAAACUUCUGGAUGAUAGUAUAACACAUUAGAUGGUUGAGUUAUACCGAUAAAGAAUGGUUGAUAUGUGACGUAAUAUGCUGUAGAAUAUAAUGUUUCACCCUGUGUGCAUUCUUUAUGAGUGCAUAAACUAGAAAUACCUUGAGUACAUAAGUGUAAACUAGACUGUGUGCAUAUGUGUGAACUACCCUGUGUGCAUAAAUGAGAAUUACCUUGUGUGCAUGAAUGCGAAUUAGUCUGAUCAUGUAGCCUCAUGCUAUUGGUGCUUAAGCUAGACGACUUUCGUUUACUCAAAUCUCCACUUUGAGUACAAAUAUAUUGACCGCCAGAUCGUAGAUGAGGAGUACAUGUUACACCUGUUAAAGGAUUCUUCAUACACGUACAUAUUUUUGAUCCCUGAUAUAAAUAAAUGGGAGUACCGAAACGGGAUGUUACUUCAGGCAAACUCCUCGGCUCAAGGACUUUAUUAUUUUCUUCUGGUUUAUUAUCGUCUUUGAGCUGUUCGUUGCUCAAGCUUUCAUUGUAAUUACUGGCUGUACUACGAUUGAAUUCUGAUCUAAAUUUAUUAAUAGGCCAUUGUUGUUUCACCUCUAGAGUCGGAGUAGGCACAUAACUUUUAGAUAAUAUAGCAAUAGUAGAUGUUUUUAUAUCUUGAUCAAAGAAAUGUUGUUUAAUUGAUAACAUUUCAUCUGAUAACAUCUUGUCGAACACAUUAGACUUUAAGUUUGGACUCUGCGUUUUAGUCAGAUUUUUAAUGAUUUCAAAUAGUGGAACAUGUUUUCUAAAACUUGUUUCAUCUUUUGGCGUGUAAUCUGUAAUAUAAUAUUGUAAGUAGUAUUGUCAUACAAAUAAAAUACCUACACUUUAAUGCAAUUAUCUCAAAAUUAAUAAAUUCAUAUUCCACAUGUUCAAGUUAACACAUUACCUUCACUUUUCCAUUUUCUCUGUGUGUUCGUAGAAAAACUUAAGUCUCUAGUUUUAAUUUUAUCUCUAAUAGCAAGGCUACUUAAGCUGUCCAGAGAAAAUAUAAAUAAGACUAUUUGAAUAGUAAAAAACAUAACAAAAUAAUCCCCAUUUUAACCACCGGACAUUUAAAGAGACACAUUUAACGUAAUCUGGGUAGCCAUGCAUGGUAGUCUCAUUUCAUUUGUAUCCAUGUCAUGAUUUAAUUUUGAUCUAAUUUAUGUUUGAUAUAUUUUAUGAUUUAUUAUGAUAAAUGUGAAAUUAGUUGUAUUAACUCUUUGUUUUGGUUUUGUUUUAAGCUCUUAUAGUUAUUGUAAAAUAUGUUCUAACCAUACCCUUUGCAAAUACACAAUGUCUGGUCCAAGUAUGUCUUGUAAAGAAUAUGACGCGAGCAUUCUACUCACGAAGGAUGAUAUAAUAAAUAUAGUUGACAAAAUCAAUGAACGAAGACACUUUGUCGCUACUGGUCUGACAAAACUGCUUCCCCUGGCUGCCAAUAUGAACAAAAUUCGUUGGUCGGAGGAAUUAGCUGGAUUUGCACAGAGAUGGGUGGACCAGUGUGAUCCAGCUAUAAGCCCUGAUAGAGAAGACGAAUGCAGGGACUUGGAGGACACGAAGGUCGGCCAAAACAUAGCCACCGUGACUGGCCCGACCCCCGGGAUGCAUAUCCAGAGCCUGAUUGAUAUAUGGUUCAUGAUGAGUCUCGACUAUAGGGGAAGUACGUCAUAUUACAAUCAGUCUCGCGACUGCAAGACAAAUUACUUUACUCAAUUAAUCUGGGGUGAAACAGACAGAGUGGGCUGCGGCAGAGCCAAGUUCUACGUAGAAAAUAAAAAUACAAUUAUUGAAAGACUGGUAUGCAAUUUCGCUCCCAAGGGUAAUAACCAUGGUAAACCUGUGUAUGCCAUAGGCUACCCAGCAACACAAUGUCAAACAGAUAUGGAGCCUGACAAUAAAAUGAGUGGACUGUGUACUUACCGGACUCAAAAUAACGUGAGAAAAUUUAAACCCAAUAUCCCUCCAGUGAGCAGUUUGCUAAGGAUUCUUAAUUUGUCGAAUGAUUCAAUAAAACAAGAAAUUGAUCCUGUCUGUAGUAAUUUAAGACAAGUAAAAUUAGAGAACAGCCCAACCAAUGAACAAAGAAACCAGAAAAUUAGACAUGUCUUCUUAAAUAAUACUUACGUAACAGUGAAAAAUAUACCUAACAUGCAAAUGUACAAAAAAAUGCGUAAUCCAGGAAAUAAUCAAAAUAAUCAACGAAUUCUGAAAUUCCAACAAGAUAUAGGUCAUUCAAGAGUCUAUCAUGGCCAGGAUUUACAGUUUCAUAAUUAUAGAACAGAAGAAAAACAAACUAAUAUGCAAAAAUUUGAAAAAAAUGAUUUUUCUACUGAAUCUUAUACUGUCUUACCUAAUGAUGCAAACUACAGAAAAAAAUACCGAAAUCAAGAAUGCACUAGAAAUAAUCAUAAAAUCGUACCAGCGACACCAGCAGUUCGAAUAGAGCAUACAAACUGCAAUACGAAAGCAAAUAUUUGCACACGUCAAUACAUACAAGAAAAUUGUGAAAAAAGUCCAAAAACAAAUCAAGAAAUUAUAAAAGACGUCGGGCCUUACUUUCAGAAUGGGGAGCCUUAUAAUCUAUGUCCCUGUACAUCAACAACCACAUGUGCUCCAUCUUCACCAAAAUACCAAUGUAACAUUCAUUGUCAAUGCAUAAAAACUGAUUAUGUUCCUACUCAAUGCCCAGUAGAUGCAAGAAGAAAAAGCCAGCCUAUUGAUUUGCAAAGUACUCUUCCAGAAUUCUAUUCUUAUGAGUUCAAGCCUAAUAUGGAAGUACGCAGUGGUGAUAAAAACAACAACCUCUUAAAUGGUAAAGAAAUCAUGGAACCUUCUUCAAAAAAUCAGGGGCUAGAUGCAACAACAACUGGUAAUAUGUUUAAACUCUAUCCCCAGAAUAAUAAUAAAGGUUAUGCAAAAGACUUGAUAGCGUAUGAAAAUGAUAUGAAAUCGGAUUCUGAUUUUAUUUAUGAUUUCUCUGAUUCCAGAGAAAGAAAAAAACGUACUCCUGCAAGUGAAAUGACGUUUAAGCCUUUUUGGCAAAUGGACGAGUUCAACCACCAUAUACCUGGACAGCUUAAAUCAAUGAAAUACACAACACUACCAAAAAAGAAAACGAAACGAAUUACGCAUGGAAAAAAUACAAAAACUACAGAACUGAUUACUGUAAAAUUUAAAGAGUCUACCAGUACCAUUAAUUUAAAAAAAUAUAAAAUAACAGAAAAGUAUUUAUCAUUCGACGAAUUAAUGCAUCUUAGGAAGUUUGGUUCUAGUGAAGCUAGUAAAAGCAUUGAUGGAAGAAGAUCAGACAGUUCAGAAUCCGCAACUAAAGAGUUAACAACAGAGUAUACAACUAAUACCCCCUUUAAAAGAAAAAAGUAUUGUACAAGGAAAUUAACGUGUACAUGGACGGCGGCAACAAUAACCGAUGCUAAUGGAAGCGUAAUUGGUGGUGGUGCUUUUGCAGGUGAUGGUGAACGUGGCUCUAGAACUCCACCGGGCUACGUUGAUGGAUGCACGCGUACUUCCACAUGUACCCGUGAUUAUAUCGAUAGGAAUAAGUUUUCUACUAUUCCAGGUGAUGAGUCUAGUGAUUCGGCAGUGUCAAAAUUAGAAGAUGAAGAUUAUUGUGAAAAACGAGCAUUAAAUAUCCGUAGACGAGAUUCUCAUACAGGCACAUCCACAACAGCAUCUUAUUAUUUAAAUGAACACCAUAGAGUAACCUUUUUCAGUAACGAAUUGACAUCUUCAAUUUUUAUUUAUUUAUUUAAUUUAUUUGUUGACUAA